CACCCGUGUGUGUGUGUGUGUGUGUGUGUGUGUGUGUGUGUGUGUGUGUGUGUGUGUGUGUGUGUGUGUGUGUGUUUUGUCCAGCAUAUGCUCUGUUGUGUUUCUUCUUCUUCUUGUUCUUGGUGACUGAAGAGCUGCUUGCAGAUUCUCAACUGAUCAUGGAUGGUUACACGACUCCUCCCCCUGGAGAUGUCUCAUCAUCUUCUCCUCUUCCUGAGGUUGUGACUAAAGGCAACUACACCGACGAUGGACCAGUCGCAGCCUUAAUCGGAGGGAUCGUGAGUGCAGUGCUGCUGCUGCUAAUCUGCAUGAUAGCAGUGCUGCUUUGGUGCCUGUCCAGACACAAAGGCUCAUACGUCACCAAUGAGAUGGACGAAGACGAAGACGACGACGAUGUUGAUGGCCACGACGAUGAGUCUGUUGGUUCUGAUACGGCGCUCCAGAGCAAGGAACCUCUGAAGAUCAAGGAGGAGGAGUAAAGGAGGGGAAAAAGAAGAAGACCUGUAAGAUAUGGACUUGAGUUGUGCUGUCGAGGACUAAAGAGCUUUGUUACAUUUAUUUUUUACAUCAUUUUUUUAAAGUAACCGAUUUACUAAAGCUGCACGAAGCAACUUUGCACAUCGCCGCCGCCACCAAACAGCUGCAAGAUACGACUAUUUGACAUGUGAGUCUCCACUUUUCCUGUGAAGCUGCACCAGCCGUUUAAUUUAACGGAUGAAACGUGACUCUCAUGCAAGAUUCACAAAACAUUUUUCAAUGUGAUUUUCUUGCUAAACAAUUUCUAAUGACGCUAUUUACAUACCAGCUCUUGUUAAUGUGACAGUUUGUCUUACAAACAUACAGCAGGCACUGCCAGAGAACAGCAGCUGCUAAACACCUCACUGAAAUUUGGUAUAACAUUACACAUUAUCUAAUAUUUAGUGAUCACAUAGUGCUAUUGUUCUUGAACCAGAUGAGUUUUGUUUCUUACUCUGUGCAAAAACAUCCAACUCUUCAUUAAAAUCCAAUCUGUCACAGUGUCAAAAUCCUCCAGAAGGCACACAUAUGCCACUUUUUCAGUAAGGUUCCUGGAAUAUAAUCAACGUCUGACACUGAUUAAAGCUUAUAACUGGCAGGAAAAAGUCCUGUUACUUUCAUUGUUUCUGUCACAGAAAUCACCAGUGAUGUGCUGAGAGAAUUUAAUUGAGAUUGAUUGAGAAUCUACCGCACUUUUCACAUUUUCUCAUUGAUUCUCCCAAGAUGGUUUGAUAGUUAAAUAAAAUAUCUGAUGCAGCUUUAAAAAGCUUUAAUGAAAAUGUUGACAUUUCCAGAAUAACCAUUUCUAAAGAAAUCUUUUGCCUCAGAUCUCUUAUUUUCAACCAUUUCACAUCCUUCUGCAGACUUAUUGUGUGUCUCAUGUACUGAAUCUUGUUAAAAACUGUUGGUUUCUAAAACGUUACAGCUCCUGUGUCUCUUACAGCCGGACAAAGAGGCCGUGAGGUCGAACUAACUAACUCACCAGACGCUGGUAAACAAUUACUGCUCAUUUUCCACGCUGGCUGAUUGUAAUAUUUUAACGUCAUAACAGUGAGUGACUCUCUGACUAACAUGCCACAUUGUUAUGAAUCAGCUGUGAGGGAUGGCCUGAAUUUCUUUGACUAUCAGAGUAUCUUUUUCUGUCCGUUUUUGUUUUUUAAGAAAAAGUGAAAGAAAGUAUGAUGAAAUACUUGGUGAAAAGGCUUGAAGAGGUCCAAAACUCCAAAGAGGAAGUCAGUACUUGUUUGCAAUAAUUAAUUGUUAGAAAUAGAGAGGAAGAUGAAUCUGUUUUACAUAUUUCUUUACACAUUUCUUAUUAAAAUCUCUUCUUGGGUAGUUUUAACUUAAGAAUAAAGUUUUUACACUUCCUGUCUUUUA